CCGUACAUACUUUUUAGUGUCGGUUACGCUUGCUUGCAAUAUGGGCUUCACACAAUUUUUAUUUUAAUUUUCUGCUUUACGGGAGUUUUAUCCAAUUCUACAAAUAUUUCAAAACGCGGUGAGAAUGAGGCACAACCCUUCAUAGAGAUCGGUAGUAAAUUUUAUUUAAUAAAUACUGCUGCUACGAUGAAUUGGUUUGGUGCGGCGCUUUAUUGUCGCAACUUUGAUAGUGAUUUGGCCGUUAUCGAGUCGCCAGCUGAGAUGAAUGCACUAAGUUUCUAUUUAACCACGAAUGACGGUCACAUUGGUAAAUAUUUUUGGCUUGGUGUCACCGACUUGGCGGAAGAGGGUAAAUUUAUGUCACUCAAAGACGGACGUCCAAUGCUCUAUGCUAAAUGGUCAGGUGGUCAACCAGAUAACGCCGGUCAAAAUGAAGAUUGUGUACAUCUUUGGGCCGUUAAUAAUAUAUUUCAUAUGAACGAUAACGAUUGCAUGGCUAAGCUUUAUGCCAUCUGUGAGUUGCGACAACCAAGGAAGAGUUGCGACGUGUGUGAUUUGAAAAAUUUUAUUGAUAGAUUCAUGCAACAUACAAAUGUUCUAAACUGUCGAAAUUAGUUAAAGAGCAGAACCAAUUAAUAAGAUCAUUUUUAAUAACGA